AUAUUGAAGCACAAAUUCGAGAAAUUCAAGGAAAAAAGCCUGCUCUUGAUGAAGCACAAGGAGUAGGCCUUGAUUCCACAGGAUAUUACGAUCAAGAAAUCUAUGGUGGCAGUGACAGCAGGUUUGCUGGAUAUGUCACUUCUAUUGCAGCAACUGAAUUGGAAGAUGAUGAUGAUGACUACCCAUCUACAAGUUUGCUUGGCCAGAAGAAGCCAGGCUACCAUGCUCCAGUGGCAUUGCUUAAUGACAUACCACAGUCUACUGAACAGUAUGAUCCUUUUGCAGAACACCGUCCUCAAAAGAUUGCAGAUCGGGAAGAUGAGUACAAAAAGCACAGGCGGAUGAUGAUAAUUUCCCCUGAGCGUCUUGAUCCUUUUGCAGAUGGAGGGAAGACACCAGAUCCUAAAAUGAAUGCCAGAACAUACAUGGAUGUUAUGCGUGAACAACAUUUAACGAAAGAAGAGAGGGAAAUUAGGCAACAACUAGCUGAAAAAGCUAAAGCUGGAGAGCUUAAAGUCGUCAAUGGAGCCGCAUCUCAGCCACCUUCAAAACGCAAACGGCGUUGGGAUCAGACAGCUGAUCAGACUCCUGGUGCUACACCUAAAAAAUUAUCCAGUUGGGAUCAAGCAGAGACUCCUGGACAUACACCAUCUCUGCGAUGGGAUGAAACUCCAGGCCGUGCAAAGGGUAGUGAAACUCCUGGUGCCACCCCAGGCUCAAAAAUAUGGGAUCCGACUCCCAGUCAUACACCAGCAGGAGCUGCAACACCCGGACGGGAUACGCCUGGUCAUGCAACACCAGGCCAUGGAGGUGCCACUUCCAGUGCACGUAAAAAUCGAUGGGAUGAAACACCUAAAACAGAGAGAGAUACUCCGGGGCACGGCAGUGGAUGGGCUGAGACGCCUCGUACAGAUAGAGGUGGUGACUCCAUUGGUGAGACACCGACCCCAGGAGCUAGUAAAAGAAAGUCACGAUGGGAUGAAACACCUGCUAGCCAGAUGGGUGGCAGCACUCCUGUUCUGACACCUGGCAAAACACCCAUUGGUACACCAGCUAUGAACAUGGCAACUCCUACACCAGGUCAUAUCAUGAGCAUGACUCCUGAACAGCUGCAGGCUUGGCGUUGGGAAAGGGAAAUUGAUGAGAGAAACAGACCACUUUCUGAUGAAGAGUUGGAUGCUAUGUUUCCAGAAGGAUAUAAGGUUCUUCCCCCACCAGCUGGUUAUGUACCUAUUCGCACUCCAGCGCGUAAGCUUACAGCAACUCCAACGCCUUUGGGUGGUAUGACUGGAUUCCACAUGCAGACAGAAGACCGGACCAUGAAGAGUGUUAAUGACCAGCCAUCUGGCAAUCUUCCAUUCCUAAAACCAGAUGAUAUCCAAUACUUUGAUAAACUGCUGGUUGAUGUUGAUGAAUCAACUCUGAGUCCUGAAGAACAGAAGGAGAGAAAAAUAAUGAAAUUACUCCUGAAAAUAAAAAAUGGCACACCUCCUAUGAGAAAGGCUGCGUUGCGACAAAUUACUGAUAAAGCUCGGGAAUUUGGAGCAGGGCCGUUGUUUAAUCAGAUUCUGCCUCUGCUGAUGUCACCAACGCUUGAAGAUCAGGAGCGUCACUUGCUUGUCAAAGUCAUUGACAGAAUUCUUUACAAACUGGAUGACUUGGUCCGACCAUACGUACACAAGAUCCUUGUCGUCAUUGAACCCCUGCUGAUUGAUGAAGACUACUAUGCUAGAGUGGAAGGCAGGGAAAUUAUUUCAAACUUGGCUAAGGCUGCUGGUUUGGCAACAAUGAUCUCCACAAUGCGACCUGACAUUGAUAACAUGGAUGAAUAUGUCCGAAAUACAACAGCUCGAGCCUUUGCUGUCGUUGCCUCUGCUUUGGGCAUUCCUUCUCUGCUACCCUUCUUGAAAGCUGUCUGUAAAAGCAAAAAAUCCUGGCAGGCUAGGCAUACUGGCAUCAAGAUUGUUCAGCAGAUUGCUAUUCUUAUGGGUUGUGCUAUCCUGCCUCAUCUCAGGAGCUUGGUUGAAAUUAUUGAACAUGGUCUGGUGGAUGAGCAGCAGAAAGUUCGCACCAUCAGUGCUUUGGCUAUUGCUGCUUUGGCUGAGGCGGCUACUCCCUAUGGUAUCGAGUCAUUUGAUUCUGUUCUGAAGCCUUUAUGGAAGGGUAUACGUCAGCACAGAGGAAAGGGUUUGGCUGCCUUUUUGAAGGCUAUUGGUUACCUGAUUCCACUCAUGGAUGCUGAGUAUGCAAACUAUUAUACUAGAGAAGUCAUGCUAAUCCUUAUCAGAGAGUUCCAGUCUCCUGAUGAAGAGAUGAAAAAAAUUGUGUUGAAGGUGGUAAAGCAGUGUUGUGGUACGGAUGGUGUUGAAGCAAACUACAUUAAAACAGAAAUCUUGCCACCUUUUUUCAAACACUUCUGGCAGCACAGAAUGGCAUUGGACAGAAGAAAUUACAGACAGUUGGUUGAUACAACUGUGGAGCUGGCAAAUAAAGUUGGAGCAGCGGAAAUUAUUUCUAGAAUUGUGGAUGAUCUGAAAGAUGAGGCUGAGCAGUACAGAAAAAUGGUCAUGGAAACAAUUGAGAAAAUAAUGGGAAAUCUGGGAGCAGCAGACAUUGAUCAUAAACUGGAAGAACAACUUAUUGAUGGUAUCUUGUAUGCCUUUCAGGAACAGACCACAGAGGAUUCUGUGAUGCUGAAUGGUUUUGGCACAGUGGUUAAUGCUCUAGGCAAAAGAGUUAAACCCUACUUGCCACAAAUCUGUGGUACAGUUUUGUGGCGUUUGAACAACAAAUCGGCUAAAGUUAGGCAGCAGGCUGCUGACCUGAUCUCUCGUACUGCAGUUGUCAUGAAGACUUGUCAAGAGGAAAAACUGAUGGGACACUUGGGUGUUGUGUUGUAUGAGUACCUGGGUGAAGAAUAUCCUGAAGUACUGGGCAGCAUACUCGGAGCACUUAAGGCUAUUGUGAAUGUUAUAGGUAUGCACAAGAUGACACCACCAAUCAAAGAUCUGCUGCCACGGCUUACACCUAUUUUGAAGAACAGACAUGAGAAAGUACAGGAAAAUUGUAUUGAUCUUGUUGGGCGCAUUGCAGACCGAGGUGCAGAGUAUGUUUCUGCAAGAGAAUGGAUGAGGAUCUGCUUUGAACUGCUUGAAUUAUUAAAAGCUCACAAGAAAGCUAUCCGAAGAGCCACAGUGAACACUUUUGGUUAUAUUGCGAAAGCAAUUGGACCUCACGAUGUAUUGGCUACACUGCUAAAUAACUUGAAAGUACAGGAAAGGCAGAACAGAGUAUGCACUACAGUAGCAAUUGCUAUUGUAGCUGAAACAUGCUCACCUUUCACAGUGCUGCCUGCACUCAUGAAUGAAUACAGAGUUCCGGAACUGAAUGUCCAGAAUGGUGUGUUAAAAUCUCUUUCUUUCCUGUUUGAAUACAUUGGAGAGAUGGGAAAAGAUUACAUUUAUGCUGUUACACCAUUGCUUGAAGAUGCUUUAAUGGACAGGGAUCUUGUACACAGACAAACAGCCAGUGCCGUGGUGCAACACAUGUCUCUUGGUGUUUAUGGGUUUGGCUGUGAAGAUUCUCUUAAUCAUUUGUUAAAUUAUGUGUGGCCUAACGUGUUUGAAACCUCUCCUCACGUCAUUCAGGCAGUUAUGGGGGCUCUGGAGGGCCUUAGAGUUGCUAUUGGUCCCUGCAGAAUGUUGCAGUAUUGUUUACAGGGUUUGUUUCACCCUGCCAGGAAAGUCAGAGAUGUUUAUUGGAAGAUUUAUAAUUCGAUCUACAUCGGAUCACAGGAUGCUCUGAUAGCACAUUAUCCAAGAAUCUAUAAUGAUGAAAAGAACACCUAUAUUCGUUAUGAACUUGAUUACAUCUUAUAAUCUUCUUGUUCAGUUGUUUGUGUUUAAUGCACAGCUGUUCUUCAAUUAAAUGCUUCAGAUUUGAUGAUGUAAAAUUUUAAAAUAUUGGAGAUCAGUAUAGAGCUGGUCAGAGGCAGACCUAGGAAUCCAGUAGCAUGAUUUUUUAAAUAUGUCCUUGUUUUUUGAUGUUAAACAGUUAAAGCCAGUAGUGACCAAGAAAACAGUGAUUACUAUGUACUGGAGGGAUUUCAUUUUGGAUUCAUCUUUAUGAAGAUUUAGAUUUCAUUCCUUGUGUUUAAAGGGGAAGUUUAUUUGAGAAAUAAACAUUUGUGUAUAAAAACUAAUUUGUGCGUGGUUUUUGGACAGAGGGGCUUGUAAAACGAGUCCCUUUGGAUUAAGUAUUUGUUCAUGUAAUAAAUAGGUGGCAUAAAACAUUUUAACCCUUUUUGUCAUCCCCUAGCUUUUGAAUAAAUAAGAAAAACAUACAAACUGUA